CCAGCGGCCAAAAUCGCCGGGAUUUACAGCGAGGCGGAGCCGCCCAGGAAGACGAUGAGGAGGGGGGUGCUGAUGACGCUGCUGCAGCAGUCGGCGAUGACGCUGCCGCUGUGGAUUGGGAAACCCGGGGAAAAGCCCCCGCCGCUGUGCGGGGCGGUGCCGGCCGCGGGCGAUUACGUGGCCAAGCCCGGCGACAAGGUGGCGGCGCGGGUGAAGGCGCUGGAGGGGGACGAGCAGUGGAUCCUGGCCGAGGUGGUCAGCUACAGCCACGCCGCCAACAAGUACGAGGUGGACGACAUCGACGAGGAAGGCAAAGAUUUCGCCAAAUUUUCCAUUUUUUCCCCCAAAUUUCAGCCCCAGGACGAUUAUUCGGUGCUUUUCGAGGACACCUCCUACGCCGACGGUUACUCCCCGCCCCUCAACGUGGCCCAGCGCUACGUGGUGGCCUGCAAAGAAACCAAAAAAAAGUGAAAAUUUGGGUAAAAACACCCAAAAUUCGGGCAAAACCACCAGAAAUUUGGGUAAAAUCACCCAAAUUUUGAGAAGAGCAACAAGGAAUUAGGUAGUGAGAGAAAAAAUGGGGAGAAAAUGGGAUUUGAAAAACAGAAAAUGGAAGAAAAAUUGAUUUUUGGUGGGAAAAAUUAAAGAUUCUUUUGGGUAAAAAUAGGGAUUUUUAUGGGGGGGGUUGGGGGUUUUUUAGGGUUGAAAAAUAGGAUUUAUGUGGGGGAGGGAAAGGGAUUUUAAUAUGGAAAGAAUGUGGGGAAAAUUGAUUUUUUGGGGGGAAAAAUUGGGAUUUUUAUAGGGGGAAAUGGGGAAUUUUUAAAAGGGAAAAUUGGGGAUUUUUUGGGAUAAAA